AUGAAUUCAACAGAGUCGUACAAUAAUGUCACUCAAAUGUCCACUAGCAACAACAGAACAUCUGAAAUUAUACUCGUGGUUUUCUUUGUCUUGACCAUGAUAUCUAUUUGCUUCUUCCUCUAUUUCAUCUGUAUUGUCCUGAUUGUCUACUUCACCGCCCCUCAUGUCCGGGAGAACUCGCGCUAUGUCCUCUUCGCUCACAUGCUCAUCAAUGACACCAUGUAUCUAUCUUUGGGACUCUUUCUUGCGUUGGCUCACCAGCUUUUCUUUAUCCCGGUCCCUCUUUGCUACUUUAUUCUCUCCAUUACAACGGCCACCUUUAGAGUCACACCAUACAACUUGGCCGUCAUGUCCCUUGAGCGUUACUUAGCUAUCUGCUACCCAUUACAAUACCCAAUGCUUUGUACAGUCCAGCGGUCUUACUCUGUUAUAUCAGUAAUGUGGAUUGUUGGGUUACUCCCCAAUGUAGCCGACGUCAUUGUCCUCAGCAUCUCGGUUAAGAAGGAUUUUUACUCUCAGCGCUUGUUAUGCAAACAAGAAAAGUUUUUGGUGCAACCUGUGCAGACCACGAUACGAUCAGUCACCUUCCUGGGCAGUUUAAUUAUGGUGGCACUUGUCAUUCUGAUCACCUACAUCAAAGUUAUGAUGGUAGCUCGGAAAACUGGUUCCGGUCAAUCUUCUGCUACCAAGGCUGGAAGAACCGUCAUGCUCCACGCAUUUCAGCUCCUGCUCUGCGUAGUCUCUCUCACCUCCAUAAUUACAGAGUCAUAUGGGGGGAUGUACAUGGUAUUGUUUAAUUUCCUGGUGUUCAUGUGCCUGCCAAGGCUUCUCAGCCCUCUAAUAUAUGGGAUUCGGGAUGAAGUAUUCCGAAAAUGCAUAAGAAAUAUCUAUUCCACAAUCUAUACUAAAAUGUGUUCACCAAAAUUGAAAGCGUGA